AUGGACCUGAUCCCAGAGGGAAAUAAAAAUGGUGGCAGCAUCUGGCAGCUGGACUCAUCGGCUCAUUGUAAACAGCGGUCACAGAGACUAACACUGGCAUCUGUAAUAGCAUCACAGGGGCAAAACCGAACACGAAUCACUGAAUUCCUGCUGCUGGCAUUUGGUAAACGUCAAUACUUCAAUGCGCUCCUUUUUGUUCUGUUUCUGGUAUUCUACCUCAUAUCCUUACUGGGAAAUAUUUUGGUUAUUUCUUUGGUUGUGAUGAAUCAAAGUCUCCAUUGUCCCAUGUACUUUUUUCUCAGCCAGAUGUCCGUGUCGGAAAUUCUAUUCACCAGCAGUAUUGUGCCAAACAUGCUGCAUCUCGUUCUGGCUGGAGGAGGCAAUGUGUCAGUCUCUAGAUGCAUUAUCCAGUUUUGUCUUUUGGGUGUGCCAACUAUUGCCCAAUGCUUUAUCCUAGCUGUGAUGUCCUUUGAUCGAUAUGUCGCCAUUUGUAAUCCUUUCCACUACACACAAAUCAUGACCUUCAAUCUACAGGUUCGUGCUUCCAUUGGUUGUUGGAUGUUGGGAUUUUUAUUGAGUCUUAUUAUCUAUUUUUUUCUCCAUGAGUUAGAAUUCUGUGAUUCCAACAUCAUUGACCAUUACUAUUGUGAUAUUGCUCCAGUGUUAAAACUUUCCUGUUCAGAUACCAGGCCCGUGGAGCUAUUGACAUCCUUGCUUUCUGCUCCUCUUGUUCUUUCUCCAUUACUCUUUAUCAUUGUAACGUACACUUCCAUUCUUCUCACCAUCCUGAAGAUCCCAACCAUCAGCGGGAGACAGAAAGCGUUCUCCACCUGCAGUUCCCACCUGAGCAUUGUGUGUAUGUAUUACGGCACGCUAGCAACAAUUUAUAUAUUUAAACCCAAAGACAGCUCAUUGGAUGUAAAUAAGACUCUGUCUUUGUUAUAUACAUUGGUAACUCCAUUGCUAAAUCCUAUUGUCUAUAGCCUGAGAAAUCAAGAUAUCAGAAAAGCUGCUGAGAAAUCCAUCCAAGUCAGGAGGAAACAGAUAAACAUUUAA